AUGAAGGCGGAAGAUGUGGUGAUGACGAGACCAAGGGUAUCUGUGUGGCUGAGGGAGCCUGAGGGCAAAGUCAUGGGGGAGGUGUUGGGGGAUGUCAAAAUCUUCUGGACCGGUAACAACAGAGACAACGAUGACAACAAUGACAACGACAACCACAACGGCAUCAACGACAACAGCAACGACAACCACAACGGCAUCAACGAUGACAACUACAAUGACAACAGCAACAUCAACAACGACAACCACAACGGCAUCAACGACAACAACAACGACAACUACAACGGCAUCAACGACGACAACUACAAUGACAACAGCAACAUCAACAACGACAACUACAACGACAACCACAACGGCAUCAAUGACAACAACAACGACAACUACAACGGCAUCAACAACGACAACUACAACGACAACUACAAUGACAUCAAACGACAACAACAACAAUGACAACGACAACCACAACGGCAUCAACGACAACAGCAACGACAACUACAACGGCAUCAACAACGAAAUCAACAACGACAACAACAACAAUGACAACGACAACCACAACACAACGACAACUACAACGGCAUCAACAACGACAAUCACAACGACAACUACAAUGACAUCAACAACGACAACCACAACGGCAUCAACGACAACAACAACGACAACUACAACGACAACUACAACGACAUCAACAACGACAACCACAACGACAACUACAAUGACAUCAACAACGACAACCACAACGGCAUCAACGACAACAACAACGACAACUACAACGACAACUACAACGACAUCAACAACGACAACCACAACGGCAUCAACGACAACUACAACGACAACAACAACGGCAUCAACGACAACAACAACGACAACUACAACGGCAUCAACGACAACAACUACAAUGACAACAGCAACAUCAACAACGACAACUACAACGACAUCAACAACGACAACUACAACGACAACCACAACGGCAUCAACGACAACAACAACGACAACUACAACGGCAUCAACGACAACAACUACAAUGACAACAAACAUCAACAACAACAACUACAACGACAACUACAAUGGCAUCAACGACAACAGCAACGACAACUCAUCAACAACGACAACUACAACGGCAUCAACGACAACAACAACAACAACUGCAACGGCAUCAACAACGACAACCACAACGACAUCAACAACGACAACUACAACGACAUCAACAACGACAACUACAAUGACAACAGCAACAUCAACAACGACAACUACAACGACAACCACAACGGCAUCAAUGACAACAACAACGACAACUACAACGGCAUCAACAACGACAACCACAACGACAACUACAAUGACAUCAACAACGACAACCACAACGGCAUCAACGACAACUACAACGACAUCAACAACGACAACAACAACAAUGACAAUGACAACCACAACGGCAUCAACGACAACAGCAACGACAACUACAACGGCAUCAACAACGACAACCACAACGACAACUACAAUGACAUCAACAACGACAACCACAACGGCAUCAACGACAACAACAACGACAACUACAACGACAACUACAACGGCAUCAACGAUGACAACUACAACGACAUCAACGACAACAACAACAACAAUUACAAUGACAUCAACAACGACAACUACAACGACAUCAACAACGACAACUACAACGACAACUACAACGACAUCAACAACAACAACUAUAAUGACAUCAACAACGACAACUACAACGACAUCAACAACAACUACAACGACAACCACAACGGCAUCAACGACAACAACAACGACAACUACAACGGCAUCAACGAUGACAACUACAAUGACAUCAACAACGACAACUACAACGACAACCACAACGGCAUCAACGACAACCACAACGACAACAACAACAACAACUACAACGAUGACAAUGAUGACAACUACAACAACAUCAAUGACAUCAACAACGACAACUACAACGACAUCAGCAACGACAACCACAACGGCAUCAACGAUGACAACCACAACGGCAUCAACGACGACAACUACAAUGACAACAUCAACAUCAACAACAACAACUACAACGACAUCAGCAACGACAACUACAACGACAACAACAACAACUACAAGGACAACAGCAACAUCAACAACGACAACCACAACAGCAUCAACGACAACAACAACAAUUACAACGACAAUGACAACAGCAACAUCAACAACAAUGACAAUGAUGACAACCACAACGGCAUCAACGACAACAGCAACAACAACUACAACGGCAUCAACAACGACAACCACAACGACAACUACAAUGACAUCAACAACGACAACCACAACGGCAUCAACGACAACUACAACGACAACCACAACGGCAUCAACGACGACAACAACAACAACUACAAUGACAUCAACAACGACAACUACAACGACAUCAACAACGACAACUACAACGACAACUACAACGACAUCAACAACGACAACCACAACCAACGACAACUACAACGACAACCACAACGGCAUCAACGACGACAACAACAACAACUACAACGACAUCAACAACGACAACUACAACGACAUCAACAACAACAACAACUACAACGGCAUCAACAACUACAACGGCAUCAACAACGACAACUACAACGACAACUACAAUGA